AGAAACGAUACCUAUCAGGAUUCAGGAUGGCAGUAACGUGAAACAUGUGGCAUGCUUCAAACGGGACCGAACUUACUUAAAAUUUGACAGCCGCCCACGGAGAUUCAACUAAUCAUCGCUGGAAUAUAGGUUUUACUGUAGAGCGCCAACCUUGCCAAUUUUCGUCUGCUCUUGCUCAAGGUGAAUAGAGAAAAGUCUGCAAAGGUUGGAAGUCGAAUUGUAUGUGAGCCACCUGGUAGAACACUCACAGGACGGCAAGCAGCAGCUGAAAUCUGAAGGCCACUCGAAUUGAUUUGAUUAGGGUGAUGACGUCACAACUCAGUAGUGGGGAGGAGUGAAUCGAAAAAUGAUGCUGGGGCCAACAAGUCACAGUUAACGCUCAGAACCAGAUAAACGCAAACAUUUCGUUAGGAAGCCCGGUGAUAUUGAAAAUGAACGACACAAUCACCAUGUCUUCUGUAGGCCUUUUGGAACUGGCCCAUCGCGAAUACCAGGCAGGUGAUUAUGAAAAUGCAGAAAGGCACUGCAUGCAGCUGUGGAGACAGGACCAAACUAACACAGGAGUUCUGCUUCUUUUGUCCAGCAUACACUUUCAGUGCCGAAGGUUGGACAAGUCAGCGCAGUUCAGCACAUUGGCAAUCAAGCAGAAUCCUCUACUAGCAGAAGCUUAUAGUAAUCUUGGGAAUGUGUAUAAAGAAAGAGGGCAACUUCAAGAAGCGCUGGAGAAUUACAGACAUGCGGUUCGUCUGAAGCCAGAUUUCAUUGAUGGAUACAUCAACUUGGCAGCAGCACUUGUGGCUGCUGGUGAUAUGGAGCAAGCUGUACAGGCCUACAUCACAGCUUUACAAUAUAACCCAGAUCUCUACUGCGUUCGUAGCGAUUUGGGUAACCUUUUAAAAGCAUUAGGUCGAUUAGAUGAAGCCAAGGUGUCACGCGGAUACAGGUCGGUGUAAAAUGAAACAAACGCACACAGAGUGAGUGAUUUGGUAGCAUCUAUAACGCAUUGUUCUGUGUGUCUAUCUGUCUCUCUUCAACCUGGUGUCUUCUUCUGCAACGUCACGUGAUUGCGAACCGAUCAGAGAUGAGGCUCCAGUCAGGUAAUGUACGCAAGCAGCGCCAGAUGGACUCUGAUAUACCUCUCUCUUCCUCACAUAUUCAACCGGACGGUCGACUCUGUUGUUUUUAGGUAUACCGAGAUCGGAACGAGCGUAAGCCGGCGCGGGGCCUCUGCCGCGUAGCUUUUUAGGUCAACUACUCUGGAAGAUUAUCAUUGUACAAUCUCAGUUUUAUGCUAAUUGGAUGAUAUGCCAUAUUAUUACAUAUUCUAGCUGCGACCCGCGACUCCGAAUGUGUUAAAUUGUUACUAAUAUAUAACAUUGUUUUUGAGUGUUGCUAUAAUUGCAUUGCCUUAGUAAAUUGAUAGUCAGCUUAUUGUAUGCUUAGGAAAUUUGGUUGGUUACCAAUUUUUUGAAAUUAGCAUUUUAAAUCAAACUAAAUUUCUUAUUGUAAAAACUACCUCUCCGCCAAAUCUUCUGUUACACAAUCCAUUUAAGUCUACUGUAAGCAGAAAAGUCAUCUUUGCCA